AGUUUAAUAAAUAUUCAAAUAAAUUCAUAUCAUUAAUACAUGUAAUCCUGGUAAACUUGUGCACUUUCUGGUGAAUUGAUUGAAACACCAGUAAUUUCUAAAGUUAGUGGACAUAUAUAUGAAAAAAGAUUGAUUGAGAAGCAUAUUGAAAGUACAGGCACAUGUCCAAUUACUGGAAGACCUUUGAAUUUAGAAGACCUAAUCGAAGUAAUAAUAAAUUUCAAACAUUCAGGUGAAAGUAGCCAAAAUUCAAAAGCCAAGACCAGUGACAGUUACAUCAAUACCUUCAUUGCUCUCCCUUUUAUAAAAUGAGUGGGACGCAUUAUUAUUGGAGUAAUUUUAAUUGAAAUAACAUUUGGAAUAAGUAAGACAUGAAUUAACUCACGCACUCUAUUAACAUGAUGCUGCAUGUCGUGUGAUAGCAAAACUAAUAAAAGAGAGAGAUUAAGCAAGAAUAGAAUUAGCGCAAUUAUAAAAUAAAUUAAAUCAUAAAGUAGAAGUAGAAACUAAUAAUGCUCCUGAAAAAUUAUCAGCAAAUUACGUGACUGAUAUUGAAUAAAUUGCAUUAAAAUUAACAAGCCAAAGAAAACUUUUGAGAAAGCAAUAAUCAUAUUUUGAAUAAUUUCCUAGUCCUUAAGUAGUCUUAUUCAAUAUUUUAGAUUUUAUCAAAUUAUGAAAUCAAGUAAUAACACACCUAAACUUAAGGUGGUACAUCGUUAGAUAUUUAAGCCAAUUAUGUGAUAGUAGGGGGAUAAUCAGGUUUGGUUUCACUUUAUCGUUCUGAACAAUUAUUAUAUUAGAAUCAAUAACAAAAUCAACGACUAAAUGCAAUCAGAUUUUUUACAACUGAUGAGCAUUUAAGAUUUGUUUCAUCAACCUUGGAGGGAGAUUUAGUUAUUUAUUAAAUUAACACUGAAACUAAUGAGGGAGUCAUCACUUAAACAGUAAAAGUAGGAUAGAAUAUCACAGGAUUAACUAUUCAUCCUCUUGGCUACAUUGCUAUUAUUGUGACUUCAGAAGGUCUUUUGUUAUUUUAUGACUUAAGAUCUGGACUCUAAAUUAGUAAAGUUACUGAUUUUGAAGGAUAAUGCAAGUUUACAUCAGUUGCUAUUCAUCCUGAUGGAUUGUUAUUAGCAAUUGGAUAAGAAAAUUCAUAAAUCAAAAUUUGGAAGAUUACAUCAGGAUAAUUGGUUGCCCAAUUUGAAGGAUAAGAAGUAACCAUAAAAUUGAUAAUAUUAGGGAUCUAUAAAUCAAGUUGCAUUCUCUGAAAAUGGAGUGAAUUUGGCUUCAGUCUCGGAAACUCAAGUGUUGUAAUGGGAUUUAAGAAAUCCUGGUUAAUUCUAAAAAUUGUUUCAAUCAUAAAAAAUAAGUAUUAUUGGAUUCUAUUUUCUUUAGGUAGUAUUUCCUAUGAUACAUCAGGAGCCUACUUAGCUGUAGGCGAGAAUAAGAAUAUACAUUUAUUUGACAUCAAAAAAUAAUAAGAAUUUUUCAAAUUUGAAAGUCAUAGAGAUGCUGUGACUGCUAUCAGGUGAUUUAUUACAUUACUAUUUUAGAUUUGCUGAAUUCAACAAAAAUAUUUACAGCUGUAGUUUUGAUAAGCAAUUAAACAUCUAUGGUAAUUGAAG